UGCUUUUGAUAAAUUCAAAUGUUUAUUAACUGAGUAUGUAUAUUUUUUUCAUGUGUUUUUUAACAAUUCUCUCAUCUCGUCGUGCCUUUUUCCUGUUCUUGAAUUUCCGUGACUAUCGAAGAAUCGCAUUACAUUGUAUGGGAUUAAUACUCUAUUUGUAUGAUUAUCGAGUUGUAGUAUCGCAGAAUGGCUAUUAGCGCGUCCUUUCAUCAAAAUGUUCUUUUAUUAAAUCAAUUGGUCCCGCCAAGUGAUGAUUUUAAGAAGGUUUUUCGCGAGGGAAUGUUCGAUAAGCCAAAUAUUGCAGGAUUUGUACAGGUUUCUCAUUAUCUGUUAAUGGUAUGUGAUGCCGAGCGUUUUAGAAAACUAAUUGAAUGGCCAGUAUUGUGCAAAAAGACAGAAGCAAAAUAUCGUAAUGAUGUCAAGGAUUACUUGAAUAUUAUUGCUGUGGAGAAUCCUGAGAUGGGAUUUCCAAAUAUACUCGCUACAUAUCUGCAUCAUGCAAGCGGUACUAAGUUUAUGCUUAUAAUGUGGAAAUUAUCUCAACUUGCGCUAAAGAGAUAUCUUGUGCGUAAUGGUGAACAUGAAGUUACAUCUGCACCGAAACCAGGUCCUGCAAGUGAUUUAAUUAGAACAUACCUACAACAGUCCAAGGCGAGUGUAGCUUGUAAUACAUUGAGCCAUCAUAGAAAUUGCAUACAAAUGGAAAAGGCAGUGAAUUUUGCAUUGGCAGAAGAGAAAGAACAACUGGCUAAAAUUAAAACAGAAUUAUUUGACAAGAAACAGUCUGUGACGAAAUACAUAACUACAGCACCUGUUGCUACCUUCAUAAAACAACGUUUGAAUAAUGUUGAAGAUUCAGAGGUUAUACAAAUGUGGAAAAGUAGUUUAGAUCAAAACAUGCAAUACAUACAAAAACAGAAUGCAAUUUUGAAAGAUCUGGAGAAAAUAUGCGAGUAUAUAAGUAACAUAAUAGUGAAUCUAUUGAGUGAUGCAAAAAUGCUAAAUGGCAAACAGUUGGAAAAAAUCAAUUGCUCUUUGAUAUCAGAAUUACCAUUUCCACCUGACAUUCAGCACUGUCUUUAUCAUUUAUAUAAUGAUAACCAAUUGAUAUAUCACAAUUUUAUUCAUCUGUACACUUUGAUACUGUAUCAAGUGUAUCAAUGUCUGAGGAAAGAUGAAUUAGUAGACUUAUCGCAAUGCCUAUUUCAAGUAGAAGCAAGUGUAGAUGAUAUGAAGUCCAUGUACAAUAUAUUCAAUACUAUUUUGACAAACAUGAAAAAUUCUAUACAAGAGACACAAAAUAUCUUUUGUAAGGAAAAUAUGGAUUACAUGUCUGAAGAAAAUGUAUUACCUUUUGUAAAUAGCGUGCUUCUCAUGCCGUCGCCUCUUAUCAAAAUUAAUACUAAUUGCGCUGACGAAACAAAUGAUUUACAGAGAUUAUUGCAACUUACCCCGAGUGAAAUUGCCCAUAAAUCAUUAUUUUCGCGAUAUGUGCGGCACAAGAGGAUCCAUACCCCAGAUUUGAGAACGAAUUUAUUCGUAUCACGUAUUAAUAUCGAUAGCACUAUGUCGUUAGAUAAUAACGACAAACGAAACUUGAAUUUGCGUUUUGUAACGCCUAAAAUGAAUAAAUUAUCCAAAAGAGUAACAGGAAAAUAUUCUCGGUUAUUUUCCACAUACAUGAAUAAAAAUAUAAAAGCCAAUUCUAGCAUGAUUUCUCUACCAUCUACUGUACAAGCCAAUUCUUCUACCAUUGCAAGUACAAUAGGAGAGAUGCCCAAUAUAUCGGAUUUUAAUUUGGAUACUAUAGCAAGAGGUUAUUUUAAUCUGGGCGAAGAGUCUCUUACAAUCCCUUGUAUAUCUACAUCUACACAGUUUACUCCAAUAAAACAGAAUAUAUCGAGAGAUAUGUAUCAAGAACAAACGAAAGACAAGUUCGAUCACGAGUUUAAAGUAAAUAAACUCAACCUGGAUGACUUUACAGAAGUACAGUUUAUGAAUGAUGAGAAUCAAGGCACAGUCAUAAAACAUGAAAAUAGUUCAAGAAGACGAUCCAUCAGCGACUUGGUGGAACGUUAUAAGAAGUUGCUCGAGGUCAGCAGUUCUACUACAACAAAGUUUCAAAAAGAGUUAAAAAAACAAGAAGUCGAAUAAAAGCAGAAACAAAGGUAUUAUAGAUAAAAAUCCAAUAUUAAUAGUAGUACAUAUAAUGUAUAAAUUAAAUUUUCAUUGAGAUUUCCAUCUAAAAAUCUUUUGCAAUAAAUCGAAGAAAUUUUUAUUAAUAAAAAAAUAUAAUUGAUAGAAUAUAACAAUUUGAAAAAGAGUUUGCUUAGUUUAUUAGUUGUUCAUUAAAAUCCACGAAUAGCAAAGAUUUUACAUUUGGCAUACAAUAUACAAUGUUUCAUAUAGAUAAGUAAUUUAAUUUAUUUGUUUGAAAAUAUAUGUGGCAGAAUUCAUUUGUUUUUAAAGAUAGUUUUUGUAUCGUUUUUAUGAGGGAAAAUGUGAUUGAUAAACGAUAAUAUAAUGUGCUUUAUUAAUAAAUUAUUUUUUUACUAUGUUUUUUAACUAUGAUAAAAACUUUGCACAAAGAAAAAUUAAAUAGUUUAUUUGGAUAAAUAGACACUGUAAUAUAUCGUCUCCUUAAGGCUCCUAUUUCUUUGCUGCACACUGAAUUUUAAGAUCCUUGAAUAAUAUAUGUAUUUAAUCAGAAGUGAAAAACAUAUUUUAAAAUAAUUUUUUUUUUUUUUCGGAUAUCGCCAUUCGCGUUUGAUAACAUAAGUAAUGAAAUAUACUAAAGAGAAAUUAUCUUUUGAUUUAUAAUUUUAAAAGGGAGUAAAUAUCUUAAUUGUCAUCAAAUUUAUUUUUCUUGAAAAUGUGAAAUAUGUGCAAAUUACAUUAUAUAUUUGAUCUUGAUAUGUAGUACAAGAAAGAAAUCAUAUGAUUCCUUCUUAUAAUUCAAUAUGAAUGCAGAUAUGAGAUAUUAGGAAUCUUAAAAAAGAACCUACAGUAGACAUAUAUAGUUAAUGCUAAUAUUUUCUAUUUCACAUAGUAAAGAGCGUACUGUAUAUUUUUUAUAACAUACAUUGUAUGUAUGUAUUUAUAUAUUGUUACAGACAUUAUAUAUGAGUCACAAAGCAAAUUAUAUUAUUUUGUUAUAAAUAAAAAUUAUUAUUACAAAGUAAUUUUGUUGUAUGAGUUAAAAAAAGAAGAUAGUUUUCUUGUACAUAACAUACUUUUGUCGACUCAGUUAUUUGAUUUUCCAGAUCAAUAUAAUCUAUAAAUAAAGAAUGGCAUUUUUAUUCACACAUAAAUUUAGAAAUAUAUUUUUUAUUUUGUCUAUUGUGUGCUUAUAUAUAUGCUAAAUAAACUGUAUUGAGAUUCUUGAUAUAUGAGAUAAACUAUAUAUAUUAUAUAUAUAUAUAAUUUCUUUUUAUUAUGUGCCAUGAAAAAAUAAUCAUUUAGAGAGUUUAAUAUUUUAUCAAAUAACAUUUUUAAAUUUGUAAUAAUAUAACAUUUUUUAUUCACAAUUAUUAUAUGUUUAGAUUGCUAUGUAUAUAUGUUCUGUAUUUGAUAAGUAAAAAUCUAUACAAUAAAAAUUAGACAUUGCAUUUCAAAAAUGCAUUCUGCAUGUUACAAGUGUUUUGUCACCUGCUUAUAUAUCUGAUGUUGCCUAUCAAUAAUAUAAAAAGGCACAAUGUGGCAUAUAUUCUUAAUAUACAUACAAUGAAAAAAGUUUAUCUAAUUACGAUUGUUAUUUUAUUUGAUCAAUGUAAAAGUAUUGACCAAUUACAGACUUUUGCUGAUUUCAAUGCUGGCGCAUUUCUGGUGCUUUAGAAGAGAAACUUUUUUUAUUUUCGCAGUUAUCUAUAUAUAUUCAGCAUUUGUUAUUCUUUGUUAAUAUAAAUCGCGCAAUAUCUUCUAUUUAAAACAAAGAUUCAUAAUAUGAAUCAGAUAUAUUCAGAUGUAUUCAACCAUAUAUGCUUUGGGAAUUUUAGUAUAAAUUUAUAUCAUAUUUGUAAAUUUAUAUCAUGUAUAAUUAUCUUUGUUCAAUGUAUUUUGUAAAUAUUUUGUUUAGAAAUAUUUAUAAGAAUAUUGUAAACUGUAAAUUUUUAUCUCAAUAAUUAAAAAAAGAGAGUAAUUAUUCUUAUAGUUUUUAGGCUAAGUACAAUUUCCAAAAUACUCUAUUAUCUCUAUUACAAUGUUGAAAGAUUUGAGAUUCAUAAGUUUUUCAAAAGAGAAACAUUUUUUUAUAUAUUUUAUUGUGCUAUAACUAUGGCACAAUUUAUUGGAAAAAUUUGAUUCAGAA